AUGAAUAAUAUCAAUUAUGAUGAAGAACUGAGAACAACACACUUUUACCAGAAUUUACCAAAGUCCCAAAGAAAUGAAUAUCCAAUAUUUUUAAAUAAAGAAAAAACUAAUGAACAUUUAAAAAGUAAUAAUAGUUCUGAUGUGAACUAUACUUUUUCUAUUAAUAACUAUGAUAAUGUAAUAAAAAUGAAAGAGAAAAAAGAAUUAAAUAAGGUACUACUAAAUUAUGAAUUAGGGACACAAAGGAUGGAAUGUUUUGUUGGAAUAGAUAAUGAAAAUGUUCUUUAUAUAAAGGAAGAAUAUAUAAAUCAUAUUAAUAGUAAAAAUAUCCUUGUAAUAAUAAACCUAUUUGUUUGUAAUUUAUUUUAUCAUUUAAAGAAUAUAGGUAAAAAUAUACAUAAUCUUUAUUUGUCCUUUGAUAAAAUCGUUUCUCCUUUUCAUUUCAGUUUUAAUAAUAACUUUUGUGAAAAAUGCAUUUCGAAUGACAAGCAAAAUUUCACCUGUACAGAAAAUAAUAAUUCUGACUUUUCUGAACAAAGUGAAAAAAAUUCUGAACAGGCAAGGAGAAAAAAAAAAAAAAAUUACAAAGAAUCAAUAUUUUCACAUAAUUACAAUAAAAGAAAUAGUGAACACACAUUUAUACACACGUGUAAAAAAAAACAGAAGAAUGAAUAUCUUCCUAAUGUGUUAAUUUUAUGGUGUAAACGAGUAAAGUAUGUAAUAAAUAUUUAUAAUAAUAAUAAUAAAAAGAAUAUUAAAAUUAAGAAAAGAAAAAAAAAAUUUGAACAAAACGAUAAUUAUUCAAAUAGUUUAUUUUGUGAUGAAAAAAGUAGAUAUAGCAUAAAUGAAUGUAUUAAUACCUUAACAGAUGUAUUAUUUAAUAAGAAAAAUUUGGAUAUAUUUAAGAAUAUUAAUUUUGUUUUUCCGAAGGAAAAAUCUUCUUUUACAGAUAUAAUAAAACACAUUGAAUCAAAAAGAAAAAUUAAAAAAAUUUCAAAAGAAAAAUUACCUGUUGAUAAAAAUACUUCUACACAUAUAAAUGGAUAUAAUAAUACAGAUUCUUUAUUAUUCAUAGAUAAAGAUACACUUAAUUAUAAUUCAUAUGAUGAUGAUAUAGAGGAAAUAACUGACUUAUAUAUAAUUAAUUUUAUAAAAUGUAAAAUUGAAGAUUAUUUUAAAAAUGUAGAAGUAAAAAAAUUUUGGAAUAUUAUAAAUGUGCAGUAUUUAACAAACUUUGAUUAUAAGUAUCCAUAUAAUAAAAGGACGAAUGAAAAGACAUUUUAUAAUUCUAAUAAAAAUUUUUAUGAAUCUAUUUAUGAUUAUAUUCAAAUAAUAAGGAAAACGACUGUUAAGAAAGAUAUAAAAAUAAAUGAAAUAUCUAAAAAUUGUGAUGAAAAUAAUAUUAAUAAAAAAGAAGAAAAACAAGUAACAAGUGCUAAAACCCCUACAUUAGAAAAGGGUAGAAUUUUAGAUAAAGAAUUUAUUUUAAAAGACAUGUUCAAUAAUCCUAUAAAAAAUUAUCAUAUAAAUGAAGUUCAAAUUUAUUUAAGUAAUUAUGAUAAUAUAUUUUUAAAAACAAUUAUGCGUUUUUAUCUUUUAUUAAAUUUUUCUAUAGAACUGUUGACAAUCCUUUAUGAAGAUAUUGAUUUAUAUUCUAUUCAUAUAUUUUCUUUGUAUUUGAAAUUAAAUGAAUAUAUAUAUAAUGAACAGCAACUUUGUAAUGAAAAAGGAAAUUUUAAUAUUCAUCAAAUAUAUCAAAGUGAAGAUAAAGAAAAUAACUUGAGUCAUUUUUUUAAAAAUAAUAUUUCUGAAAUGACUAGAAUGAAAAAUAAUAAUGAUGAUACAUUUCAUUUUAUAAAUUCUAAUUUAGAUGAUGGUUUAAAUUGUGAUAAUAAAAAUAAUAAUAUGAGUAAUAAUAAUAAUAAUAUGUAUAAUAUGUAUAAUUUUUUAUUUCAUAAAAAUAUCAAUCAUAAUAUUUUCCCAUUCAAAGAAAAAAAGUUAGAUUGGUUUGUUUUCUUUUUAUUAAAGAUAUUGAUGAGAAAGUUAUACUUUGAUAAACAUGACAAUGAUAAUUAUUAUAUUGAAAAUAAUGAUAAUAAUGAUUAUAGUUAUAAAAUGAACACAAGAGAGAAAGAACAUCAGAACCUUCUCAAUUGUUUAAAUGCAGAAAAAUAUAAAGAAAUCCAAAAAGAAAUAAAAGCAUUAAUUAAGUAUACUGUAGAAAAAAGUAAAAUACAUUUUGAGCCUAUUCUUAAUUAUUUACUAAAUAUAUAUAAUAAAUAUAAUAAAAAAAGAAAAGAACUAAAUAAUAAUAAUAAUAAUAAUAAUAAUAAAAUUGUAAAUUCAAAAUAUGUAUCUAUUCUAAAAAAAAAUUUUCUUUUAUAUUCAUUAAAUUUUUACACAUUAAAAUAUUUUUCACGUCGUGAUUUAUAUGUAAACAUGAAUAGCUUUUUUAAACCAAGAAGUAAAAAAUACGAAUUGAAAAUUCCAAGGUAUAAUAAUAAAAUGAAAGAGAAAAUGAAGAAAUUUAAAAAGUACGUAAGGACAUUUCAUUCUUUAAUAAUAAAAAUGCAAGAAGUAACAAAUGAAUCCAGAAAACAAUAUAAUGAUAAUAAUUUGAAUAUUUCUAGAGGUAUAUUUUUGAAAAUAAACAAAUUUAUAUUAUUAAGAAAAAGUAGAAUGAUAUAUUUAAGACAAUUAAAAAAAAGGGUCUAUUCUUAUUAUUCGUUGAUACCUAUAUAUAGUAAUAUACAACGGACCGAAAAGAAACGUAACAAGAAAAUAUUUGGAGGUGAUAUGAAAAGGAAGAAAACUAAAAAGAAUAAAAAGAAUAAAAAGAAGAACUUACCAAAAAAAAAAAAAAAAAAUAAAAAUAAAAAAAAAAAUAAUAAUUAUAAUUAUAAUAAUAAUAAUUAUAAUAAUAAUAAUAUCAGUAGUAGUAGUAGUAGUAGUAAUUAUAGUAGUAAUAAUAGCAGUUACAACAUAAAGAAGGAUAUUUUUUUUCAUGAGGGUAUGCACAAGAAUUAUUUUAUAAAAAUAUUAAAUAUUAUAAAAAUAAAAGAAAAAGUUUCCGAAAUUGUUAAAAGCAAAAAUACAAUUUAUAAAAAGUUAGUUAAAAAAAUUAAUGAGAGAAAUUAUAUAUAUAGAGAGAAAUUGAAUAAGAAGAAACUAGAAACUUAUGAAUAUUAUUAUAAUGUUUUUAUAAAUUUAUUAAAAAUAAUAAAGCAUCAAGAUCAAAUUAUUAUGAAUAUUUUAUUUAAUAUGUUGAAAAAUAUUAAUGAUCAUUUGAAUCUUUUUUAUAAAAAUAUAUGUCUUUGUAUUCCAUGUAAAAUAUCAGAAGAAAUAAAUGUUGAAAAUGUAAUGAAACAUAAAAUUGAAAUAUUAAAAGGUGAUACUAAUUUAUUUCACCAUUCUAAUAAUGAAAAUAUAAGACAUAUGAAUGAACAUGAGCAAGAGGUUAACCAUUCACAUAUAAAAAAAGGGGAUACUGAUAUUAUGGAUAUAGGUAAUAUAGAGAUGAACGAUAUAUGUGUAUAUAAUAAUAAUGAAUUGAAUAGUAACACAAUUGAUAACCAUAUAUAUAGUAAUGAUAUUCAAGGUAAUAACCAACAAGAUAAUGAUCAAAUAGGAAGUAAUUCGAUAGAAUGUAACUCUUAUAAUAAGAUACAUGGAGGAAAUAAAAAUAAAGAUAACAAUAAAUGUGAUAAUAAUAAAUGUGAUAGUAACCCCCCUAGUAGUAAUCCACUCAGCACAGAUCCACCAAGUAGUAAUCCUCCGGGUAGUAAUACAUAUAGUAUUGAUCUGCAAAAUAAUACCUAUAGUAGUAAUUUAUAUAGUAGUAAUUUAUAUAGUAGUAACUUUUAUAGUAGUAAUUUACAUAGUAGUAAUUUACAUAGUAGUAAUUUACAUAGUAGUAAUUUACAUAGUAGUAAUUUAAAUAGUAAUAAUUUACAUAGUAAUAAUUUACAUAGUAAUAAUUUAAAUAGUAGUAACUUAUUUAGUAGUAACCCACCAAAAAGUAUCAUUCCACAUAAUAACACCUUUAACUAUAAACUUAAUAGAUAUAAUGAUGAGCACAUACCAAAUAGCAGUGUUAAUACAAAGGAUAUAUUAAAUACAUGUUGUAGCAAGUUAAAUAGUAAUUUAUAUAGUAAUAAUAUAAGUUGUAAUGCUUCUUGUAGUAACAAUGAAUUUAAUACAAAUGCAAGCUCUAUUAUGGAUGAUAAAUCCAUGAAAUUAGAAAAUAGCAAUUCUAUAUUAUUUUAUAUAAAUAAUAAAAAGGAGACAGACAAUAAAAUAAAAAAGAGUUCGGAAUAUAAUUGCAUAUAUGAAAAAUUAAAUAAUAAUAAUUAUAAUAAAAAGGAUAAAUGCAUAAAUUGUGAUUCAUUACUAAAUGAGGAUAUAAUAAGAAGACGAAAAAUGAUGUUAGAUAACUUUUUCGAUAUAGAUAAAUAUUAUAAAAAUAAGAAUGAAAGAAUUAAUUAUUUAAUAUAUGAUAUAAGUAUUUUAAAAGAUUAUUUAUAUAUAUAUUUAAAAAAAUAUUUUGAUGACAUUAUACUUUUAUUUGAAUAUUUUUUUUCCAUAUCAUCUAAUUUUUUUUGUAACGACUUGGUUGAUAAGACAUAUAAGGAUAUUAGAAUAAUUGAAUCGAAUGAUUGCAAUAAUACAUAUAGUAAUAUUUCUAGUAAAGAGAAAAUAUUGCAUGAUAUUUUUUCUUUAUCAAGUUAUGAUAAUUUUCAUAUAUAUAAUAACAACGAUAGUGAUAGUAAUAGUAAUAGUAAUAGUGAUAGUAAUAAUAAUAGUGAUAGUAAUAAUAAUAGUGAUAGUAAUAAUAAUAGUGAUAGUAAUAAUAAUAGUGAUAGUAAUAAUGGUUGUGAUAAAAUAUUAUAUAGAAGAAAGGAUUAUAAUAAUCAAAUAUUUAUAAAAAGAAUGAAAUAUUUUAUAAAUAAUGAUAUAAUACAAUUUAUUAAUAAAGGUAUGAAUUUUAUAAAUAAUUAUGUAAAUUUAAAAAUAUAUAAUGUAGAAAAAUCUUUUCCUAUAUUAUUUCGAUUACUAAAGAUUAAUAAUUAUAAGGACCCUGUGUUUCUUUUUAAUAUUUUAUGGAGUUUGAUUUUAAAAUAUAGUAAAUACUGUAGGAAAAAAUUAAUAAAAAAAAAAACGUUAAAUAAAUUAUCUAAUCAUGUGAAUAGAAACGAAAUAGAAAAGGAUUUUAUAUUUGAAAAAAAAAGAAAAAUAUUUUUAGAAAAAUUCGGUUUAAAUUAUUUAACAGCAAGUGAAGAUAUUAUUCUUUAUUUGAAAUAUAUUGUAUGUAUGUGUAGUGAUAGAAACAAAGAUAAUAAUAAAAAUAAUAAAAAAUAUAAUGAUAAGAAUAAUGAUAGAAAUUAUGAUAAGAAUUAUGAUAAGUAUUAUGAUAAGAAUUAUGAUAAGUAUUAUGAUAAGAAUUAUGAUAAGUAUUAUGAUAAUGAUAAAGAAUGUAGUAAAUAUGGAAUGUUUAAUAUGCAUAAGAACAACUGCUAUUUGUUUAAGAAUAACAUUUACAAUUUAUUAAGCAGGAAAAAUGAAAAGAUAAAUGAUAAAUGUGACAUGCAUAUUCUUAUGAGAAGAAAAAAUAGAAAAGUAGAAGAGUUUAAUGAAUAUAAAGAAGAGGACAAUAAAAACAAUACUGAUAAUAAUAAUAAUUAUAAUAAUAAUAUUGAUAAUUGUAACAAAGAUUAUGAUGAUGAUAAUAAUAAUAUUGAUUAUUAUAAUAAUGAUGGUCUUUUAAAAGACAUCCUAAAUAAAUUAAUAAAAAAAUUAAACAGUAAAUAUAUUAUACAAGAUAGAAAUAAAAUAAAAAGAAUUCAGAAAGGAGAAAAAGAAAAAAAUGAUAAUUUAGCUCUUGAGCAAUUAUCUAAUAUAUAUGAAAUUAUUCAUUCUAAUAAUUUAAAGAAAUAUGAUAAUAUAAAAUUAUUUCUUAAUAUAGAGAAAAAAAAGAAAACCAACCGUAAAAGAAAAUUUAUAUGUGAAGAAGAAGAUGAAAAAGAGGAUGAAAAUUUAUAUAUAAAAGAUAUUGAUAAUGAAAGUAUAAAUAUAAGGAAAAUAAAAAAAACAGUUAUUCAAUUUAUUGAUGAUAAUAAAUAUGUAUUUCCAUAUAUAUUCAAUACUUUGGAUAGUAACAUAUUAAGUCAAGACAUGUUUACAUAUGAAUAUAUAAAUUUAAAUACAAAUUUUAUGUUUUUUCAUUAUGUAAAUAAAAAUGAAUAUUCUUUUAGAAACUCCAUUUUGAAUUAUGUGUAUGGGUAUCCUUUAUUUUGUAUAAAAAAAAAAAAUCCAAAGAAUCAAAAUAUGACAACAUAUAAAAAAGAUGGUAAUAUAAAUGAUAGUAUUAAAAGAAAUAAAUAUUAUGAAAGUGAAAAAAACAACGAUAAAAUAAAUUAUGAUAAUAAUAAAAAAGAGGCUUCUGAUUUUAUGAAUAAGUAUAAUAUUUCUUAUAACCCUCCUCUUGAUACUUUUCUUCUUAAUAAUUCUGACUGCAUUAAAUCAAAGAUGAGCGAUUUUUCAAAUGAUAAGGUUAAUAUGAGUAAUAAAAAAAGUAAAAAGGAAAAGGACGGUGUUCAUAAUAAUGUGAGAAUUAAUAGGGGUGAUACAACUAAUGGUAGUUAUAGUGACUACAUCAAUAAUAAGAAGAGCUAUAAUGAUAAAUAUAACUGUGAUAAAUAUAAAUGUGAUAAAUAUAACUGUGAUAAAUAUAACUGUGAUAUAUAUAAUUGUUGUUGUAGUAACUGUAGUGAUAGGUUCAAACAAAUGAGACAUAAUAUUAAUCAGAAGGAUAAGGAAUGGGCAAGGAAACUAAAGAAAGAAGAUAAUAAAAAGAAAAGGAAAUUUUUAAUAAAUAUUUUAAAAAAUGUAAAUAUAUAUAAUAAGAUACCUUUAAAAUAUAUUCAUCUAUGUGUUAUUGCUGAUAUAUUUAAAUAUUUAAAUUUACAUCAUAUUCUUAAAGAUAUAAUGCAGAAAUUAUAUGAAGAGAAAUUAAAAGAAAUUCAAGAGAAAUAUGAUGAUAAUAAUAAACAUUAUAUAGGUAAUAUAUUAUUAUGCUUUUUAUUAUAUUUUCAUUCUUUUCUAGAUAUAUUAUGUGGAUUAAGAGAUGGACAUUUUAUUAACAUGUCACAAGAUGAUCAUAUUUUUAACGUAUUUAAUAAUUUCAAUGAUUUGAUAUAUAAUAAUGGAAAGAAUUAUUUUGUUUCCUCUAAAAAAAAAAAAAAAAAAAAAAAAAAAGAUGAAUAUAAAGGUGCAGAACAAAAAUAUGGGGAACAAAAUAUAUAUAUAGAUGAAAGUAAUAUUUAUGAACAUAUGAAAAGGAAGAAAAACAAAUGUUAUAUAUAUUUAAAAAAUAAAUAUAGUAAACGAGGAAAUUAUUUAUGGUUAUUAGAAAAGAAAGAAAAAAAUGAUAUAUCAUCUUAUGUUGAUAAUAUAUGGAUACAUUUUUUAAAGAGCCCAAAUCAAGAAAAGAUUGAAAAGGAUAACAACACAAUAAAUAUAUCAUAUAAUUUGAUAACAUUUUUAAAUAACUAUAUAGAUUAUAAUUAUUCCUUUUUAAAUAAUUGUAGGUUAGAUAUAGAUGAAAAUAAAUGUAAGAAUUAUUUGUAUAUAUUUUGUAAUGAGGAUAAUAAAAAAAUGUUUACAUCUGAUGAGGAAUAUGAUAUAAAAGAAGAUAAUACAUGUUUAUAUAAAUAUUUAGAUAUAAGUAUUUAUAAUAUUGAUGAAAAUGAAUCAUAUAAUAGAUCUGUUUUAUAUUUAUCUCAUUUGAAUGAUUGCUCAUAUAAGUUUAUUUUAAAUGAUAGUGAAGAUAAUAUAUUUUUUAAUUACGAACUUGUUGAAAAAAGAAAUAUAUGUGAUAUAGAAAUAGGAGAAUGUGUAAAUAAUAAAAAUAUAAAUGAUAUAUAUAAAAAAGAGAAUAAUUUUUAUAAUAUUAAAGAAUGUAAUUGUUGUGAUAAUGUUUUAUGUGAUAAAUCUGAAUUGAUUAAACUUUUAUUUGAUAUUAUGAUAAGAUAUUUAAAUGAUAUGUUAGAUAAAAAAAAGAGGUGUUUACUUGAUGCUGUAAUAAAUUUUAAAAAUUGUAAAAAUGGCUUAGAAGAUAUAAAAUUUACAUAUAUGUUAAUAUAUUUAUUAAAUUAUAAAAAAAAACAAGAUAAAAAAUGUGCUUUAGUUAUAUAUAAAAAUUUAUAUUAUUUAUUAAUUGAAAAAUUAUAUUAUGAACAGAACGAUACUAUUAAUAGCGAACAAAUGAUAAAUUAUAUUUUUAAUUUAAUUAAAAUAGCUAGAAUAAUAAAAAUAAAAAAUAAAUAUAUGAAAAAAUUAUUCCAAAUGUUACAAAAUUAUAUAGAAAAAUUCAAUGAUUUUCAUUUCUAUCUUUAUAAUAAAAUAUUUCUUUUUAUAUAUGAAGAUACAAAAACAGAAAAUAAAAUAUUUUUAAAGACAUAUUUAAAUAAAUAUUUUAAUAAUAGAAAAAUUAUAUCACAUAUAUUUAAUCAUGUUUGGACCAAUCCAAAAAAUUCCAAAUUUUUGUUAUCUCAAAAUGAAGUGAAUGAAAAUAAAAACGAUAACAAUAAAACUGAUCAGGUUAUAUCACCCUUGGUUUACUCAGAAGGUAUAAAUGAAAAUAUGCAUAUGAUUAAAAAUAAUAAUAUUAAAGGUAAUAAUAUUAAUAGUAAUAAUAUUAAUGGUAAUAAUAUUAAUAGUAAUAAUAUUAAUGGUAAUAAUAUUAAUGGUAAUCAUAUUAAUAGUAAUCAUAUUAAUAGUAAUCAUAUUAAUAAUAAUCAUAUUAAUAAUGAAUAUUCACGAAAUAUUUAUAAUAUGGAACUUAUAAAAAAUGAAGAAGAAAGAAGAUCACACAAUAUCAACCUAAUGAAAUAUUCAAAUUGUAUAAACGAUGAAAUAAUUAAGAAAAUAUCUUUAAAAUAUAAAAACUUGUAUUCGAGUGAUAGUAAUAGUAACUGCUCUUCUCAUGGACGUGUCUUUUUUAAAACUACAUAUGUAAAGCAUAAAAAUUAUAGAUUGUAUGAAAAAGAGAAAAAAAAGAUAUUUAUAAAAAAAUUAAAAGACAGAAAUUUAUUAUAUUAUAAGAAAGAUAAUAAAAUUAAUGGUGAAAAGAAAAAAUUGGAAAUUAAAAAAAAUUACAACCAAAGUGGUAUACACAAUAAUUAUGAUAUAUAUUUUAACGAAGAGGAUAAAAUUAGAAAAAAGGAAAAAAAUAAAAGAAAAAAGGAAAAUAAUAAUUGUGAUUAUUAUAAUAUAAAGGAAUAUUCAUUGAAACCAAAAUUUUAUGAAAAGGAAUCAAGUUAUAAUAUAUCAGAUGAGGUGAUAGAUCUUAAUAAGAAUAGUAAUUAUAAUAAAUACCAAGCAGACGAAAGAAACAAUAUGUUAUAUAAUUUAAAUGAAGGACUUGAAAAAAAAAAUAUAUAUAACAUGGAGAAAAAGAAAAAGAAAAAAAAAUAUAUUGAAGAUUAUAGUUCAGAUGAAUUUUCUUAUUUUGUUAAUAAAUCUUUUAUACAUUUUGAAAGUAAUAUGAGAAAAAAGAAUUAUAACAAGAAGAUUAUGCAAUUAAAUAUGAUAGGUUCAUAUAAAGACUGUAACAAUAUAUUAAAUAAUGGUAGUACUAAUAGUAGUAGUACUACUACUAAUAGUUAUAGUAGUAGUAGUGGUAGUGGUAGUAGUUGUUAUAAUAGUAGCUGUGAUAUUACUGAUGUGAACAACGAUAUUGAUAAUAAUAGAGGUGAUAAAAGGUGUCUUAAUAAUUAUGAAAGAAAUGAUGAUAGAUGUAAUACAAAUGUAAAUAGAAAAAAAAAAAAUAAUAAAAUAUGUUUUUCUAUUAAUAAUUUGAAUAAUAAUAAUUCGGAAAAUUUUCUAUCUCUUUUAAGUAAUGCUGAUAUAAGAAAUGUUCGAAAGAACGAUGAGAAAAUGUUUUAUAUACAAAAUGAAGAGUAUUUAUAUAGACAUAAUAAUAAUUAUUAUAAUAAUGAUAUAUAUAAAAAUAUAAUGGGACAUAAAAAAGAUGAAUAUAAAAUAUAUUCUAGGCUAUUAAAAAUGCCAUAUGAUAAUUCAUGUUGUUUUAUAAAAUAUAAAGCACAUUAUGAAUUUGAUGAUAAUAAAAAAAAUAAAGUGAAAAAAGAAAGAGAAAAGGAACGAAAACAAAGGAAAACACAAAUUAUGUGUUUACCUUUAUAUAUUAGUAUAGUAGGUGGAUUAGAUAUAUUUUUAUAUAAAUAUUAUAAUUAUAUAUGUAAUAUGUAUAUAAAUCCUUAUUUUUAUAUGAACACAUAUUAUUUUGAAAAAUAUAUUCUCAAGAAAUAUUAUAAGAGCAAAAAUGAGGUUAACAAUGAUCAUAAUAAUAAGUAUGAUAAUAAUAAUUAUAUUAUGAAUUGUCAUAAUAAUGAGAAUGUAACAAAAAAUUAUGAUAACCUAUUAAUAUAUGAUUAUUUUUAUUACAACUAUAUAUUUAAUAAUAAAUUUACUACGUAUGAUAGUUUUAAAUGUGUUCGUAAUAAAAGAAUAAGAAGCCAACGUUAUAUAAAAUUUUUUAAAUGUGGAAAUGAAGGUGAUAAGGAAUAUAUACAUAAGAAAAGUAAUAAUCAUAAACAAGAACAGAUCGAAAUAGAAGGAACAGACAAUGAGAAAAAAUAUAUAAUAAAUCAAGAUAAUGAUAAAAAAAAUAAAAUGGGUGAUAAAAAAAAUGAAAUGGGUGAUAACAGUGUUUCUUCUUUUAUAUCAUCUUUGUCAUAUGAAGAAAAGGGAAAUAAAUCUAAAAUAAAAGACAAUAAUAAAUACAAUAUUAAAUACAAUGAUAGGGAAAGAAAAAAAAGAAAUGAUUCAUCUAAUUUUAAUAUGUGCACGAAAUAUUACAAUAAUUCAAAAGCCCAAGAUAAAAUAAAAAAUGACAAUUAUAAAUUAAUAUGCUCAUCUAACGAAUAUAAUAAUGAAAAGAAUAAGUCCCCUUAUUAUUUCUUUUAUAUGGAUGAUGAUUUAAGCACAGAUGAUGAAGAUUAUAGAUUAAAAAAAAAAGAAAUAAAUGACAUAUUUAUAUUAAAAAGGGAUUUAUUUGUAAUUGAUUAUCUGCAUAAUUAUUUUAAUUUUUCUGUAAUAAGAAAGAUGAAGAAUAUGAUAGAAGAUAUGUUUUAUAAUUACAAUUUAAAUCUUAUGUAUGUAAAUAGGAAUAUUCAAAUCAGUGAGUUGGAUCAUGAUAUAGAACAAAAAUGUGAGAAGAAAAAUGGCAUCUACAUAAACAUAUACAAUAAUAAUAAUGGUGAUACUAAUAAUAGUGGUGAUACUAAUAAUAGUAAGAUGUAUACUAUUAAGCAUAUGAAAGAAGACAAAAUUAUUGAAUGCAAAAAAAAUGAACUAUCAAAGAAACAAGGAAGUUUAAAUAAGGCAUAUACAAAUUUAAAAGAAAAGGAUAAAGAAAUAAUGAAAAAAAAUGAAACAUAUUUGAUUGAAAUAAUAAAUAAGAAGAAAAAGAAUAAUAUAAAGAAUGAAGAAAAAAUAAACAGAAAUAAUUGUCAUAAUAUAUUUGAUAACAUUUCAAUAAAAGAAGAAUUAAUAAAUAAGAAAAAGAUUCAAUUAUCUAUGACAGUAAUAAAUUUAGAAUAUUGGAAACCUGAAAAUUUAAAAGAAGAAGAUGGAAAUAUUAUAAAAAAGAUGAUUCCUAGUUAUAUAGAAACAUAUUUUGAUACUAUUAAUAAUAUAUAUCAAAUAGAACAUACAGAUAAAUAUUUAAUUUUUUUAUAUGAAUUAUGUUAUAUAGAUUUAUGUAUUAAUAAUUAUUUGUUUACAAUGAAAUUGUCAGAUGGAUUAUUAUUUUUAUUUAUAAGUAAUUUAGAAAAUCAGAUUAUAGAUUUAUAUAAAAAGAAUUUAUUUUCUAAUAAUAUUAAAAAUAUGAACCAUAUAUAUAAUUAUGAAUAUACUUUUAUAUCAUCUAAUUAUAAACAUAAAGAUAAAUAUAGGGAACAAACUAUGCAUAUAAUUAUGAAUGAAAAUAUUGUAUUUUAUGAUUUUCAUUUGAUAAAAAAUUCAAAAGACUUGGAUAUUGUCACCAAGAAAACAAGUUCUAAAAAAGGAAAUCUCGUUGGUAGUAAAAAGGACACGACCAAAUUGAAAAGGUGUAAUAUAAAUGAUAAUAAUAAUAAUAAUAAUUAUAACAUGUGUGAUGAUAAUUAUAACAUGUGUGUUGAUAAUUAUAACAUAUGUGAUGAUAAUUAUAACAUAUGUGAUAAUGAUGAUAAUAAUAAUAAUAAUAAUAAACAUAAUGUCCUGUGGUGGGCACCAAAAAGAACAAGCGACAAUGUUAACGAUCUUAAAAAUGAAAAUACUCCUGCGAUAAACAAAAAAAAAAAAAAGAAAAAAGAAGAAGAAGGAGGAGUAGGAGGAGAUACUAAUAUGAAUAAAAUAGAACAAUAUUUUGAAUAUAUACCAUAUGGAACAAAAAAUAAUGAAGAGAAGAAAAAAGAAAAAAAAAAAAAAAAGAAAGAAAAUUACGAAAAGGAUAAAGAAGUAAUAGAUAUUUUAGAAGAAAAAGAUAAUAUGAUGAGAGAAGAAAAUUCAUAUACAAAAUUGAAUACAAAUUAUGGUUUGAAAGAAAAGAUGAUAGAAUUAAAUAAAGAGAAUUCAAUUAAUGUGUCA